AUGAGUCACUCUCACCAGUCGGUCUACUUGCCCCCAAUACGGACUUACCCGCCACAGAUACAGGGACCGCUUCCUGGCCCCCCAUCUCCACCUCCAGAACCCACACAGUCAUCUCAGCAGCCACCACCACCCCUCCGAUACUUACCAAAUACGCUGACCCAUCCAAUACCGCCACCGCUCAUGGCACAGAUGCCGCCCCCGCUAGUUGCAGCUCCUCCACCUUCAGCCCCACCAUCGCAUCAAAUCAGGCCUGAGAAGACGGAAAUCAUCGGUCCCGAGACGACAGUCGAUUCUAAGGAAACGGAUUGCAAUCUUAGAAAGCUCAAGUCCAGAGUACGGCGCUGGGAGGACGCUAAUGCCGAAGAUAAGGCUCGCUACAAGAAGGCCAAACAUAACGUCAUUGAGCGGAACCGGCGUACCCUCAUUCUUAAUAGGAUCGACGAGCUCGCGACGUUGGUGCCUCCACUGAUGUUGAGGCCAUUGAAGUGUGCAGUGGAGCAUUUCAAACGGCUGCGGAACCCGCCGCCUUUUGACGUGCAUUUGAUUUCAGGAUUGAAAACCGGGAGGAAGCGGUUAUUUAAAAAAACGGUGUUAACGCAGCUGAUUAACUACAUCAAGCACCUUCUAUACGUUGUGGAACAGCAGGAGCUCGAGCGGGCUCGACUUCAACAGAGAAUUUUGUUCUCCAGCAAGGAUACGACCAGACACCUCCUUCACAGAUAG